AUGUUGACAUCUUCACUGCUUCUCAUUGCCUCAUUCGGCGGCCUCGUCCACUCCGCCACCUUGGAGGACCUUUAUCUCCAAAAUGCGCCCUCUUCCCCACGCCCCUAUGUCAUUCCACAUUACGCAAACUCGCAUGCCGUCACCGUUGGGGAUCAGCUGUACCGCUUCACAGUGACUGGCCCUUCCUCGAAUAAUGCGUUUACUCUGAUGAGCACCAACUCGCCCUCCAGCGGAGCGCUAGGCGUGUUGCCGCACAUACAUCAGAAGCAUUCUGAGAAUUUCUUCAAUUUCAAAGGCCGGUUCCAGCUCUGGGCGCAGAAGGGCGAAGAGGAGCAGCAGGCUCGCCUUUUGACACAGGGUGAUUAUGGGUCGGUUCCUAGAAACACGACUCACACGUUCCAGAUCCUGGAUCCUGACACCGAGAUGGUUGGUGUCGUUGUUCCUGGUGGCUUUGAGGAACUCUUCUAUGCCAUUGGAACCAACUACACAUCGGGCACCGAUACCCCCUUUGUUCCCGCGGUAUCGAACAGCUCUUCAACAUCCGACCCUAGUAUGAUUACUUCUUUGCAAAAGUUCGACGUCUACGCCCAGCUUGGCUUCGAGCCUCGUCGUGAUCUGGUCAACGGCACCGCUCCCGUUGAUAACUCUAAGUGGCACACCGGCGAUAAUGCUCUCGGUGACUCUGGCAAGCCCUACUUUGUUGCCAGUGGAUACGGUCCCAAGUACCUCAGCUCCAAGUACGGGUACCAGGUCAUCCAGCCUCUAGUCACUAAGCAGUCCCAGGACGCCAACUACACUAUUGCGACCAUCUCACUCAGCCGCCAGACCAAGGACAAUGCGCCCAUAUACAUUUUGUCCGGAGCUGCUGCUUUCGAGGUUGUGGAAGGUGUGCUCAUAAUCCAGAUCGGGGAGUAUCCUGUGGCGACCUUGUACACUGGCGAUGUAGCUUUCAUUCCCGUUGGUGUGGCUUUCACUUAUUACACCGAGGUGGCAUUCACCAAGGUGCUGUAUGUUAACAGCGGUAGCAAUGGUGUGGAUUCGCAGCUCAUUAAGGGUGGAAAGAGCUGGAACUUUGCUACUUUCCCGAGAUACUAA